GCAUAUUAAUCUAGAUCAUCGGACUCGGCGUUAGUCGCACCCGCCAUCGCCUGCUCGCGUUUCUGCCAACAACAGAGAAUUCACCCAUCGUCGCGCUCGACUAGAUACCGUGGGGAGUUCCAACAUGCGUUACGAUAAUUGGGACGUCCUGCUGUUCCCCGGCAGUGGAUCGGUGCCGCUGAAGGAGUUCAAGACAGACUGCUCCGUCAUUCCGGACCUUGAAUCGAAACCAGCAUCAUCUCCGGGGUCUUUUGGCUUGCCGGUUGUUCAUGGCUUCGUCCCCAGUCUUCUUCGCAACAUGCCGCUCACGGUUUCCAUCUUUUCUUGGACAAUCCCUUCUAUCAGCAACCCGAAUCAAAACGCCAACCUCGUAGUUUUUGCGGCUCGGGUUUACAUCGAUGGAGAACUCGUCGCCGAGGACGUAUUCAACCAAGGUCGGCGGACGCCUCUUCCCAUCUCUCAGAGUCUCAAACCAAACAAACACGGUGACCGCGAUCUAAUCAGGUUCCCUGCGUUCAACGAGAAAUAUUUGCAAGAAUACUCCUGGAAUCCUGCUGCAUCCCUUGGCCGCAUCCAAGUUAUCGUCACGGAAGCAGUCCAGCGUGACCCGACGACUCUUUCCUUGGACCACAUCAAAAACGUCGCUGCAUUUUCUUUCUGUCACGCUCCACUAGGUCGGUAGCAGCUAGUGACUCGGUUCGCUGUCUGGACUGCGGGCUAAUUAUUUCUAAUGCAACAGAGACGCUCGAGGAAGCUGCCAUUGCCUGGCC